UCCGUGACUUUCUCUCCUUUUGCCCUAACGUGAUGUGCAAUUUCAUGGAUCAUUUCUGGAAACCGCGGUGGAGCUUCGUCUUCCUUUUGGAGUAAUCGCAGGUUUGUCCAAUAGAAGUUAGGUGGUCCAACUGUGUCUGAAUAUGAAAAGCUACAAGCUGACAUGUUAGAUCUACAAAUAAAGUAUAAUGAGCUCUUGCCAGCGCACCAAGAGACCUGCAGACAGGCAUGACUUCAAUCACUUAUUAUGGCAGCAUUUUGGAUAACAUAUUUGGGUGCUCUGCUGAUGAGCUUGAUAAGCUUAAAUCACAGGAGGGAGAGGAGAACCGAUUCCAGCAGAAAUUGAAGGAAGCUAUUUGGGUCCCUCAUCUUUUCCGGAUUAGUGUUGCACAACAUGAAUACAUGAAUGAGAAAAGGCAGUGGAUAACAGCCAGGGCUGUUGUGGCAGUUGAUUUUGCAGCUGAAUCCAGAUUAUUGUUGGAGGACAUAUCAAAGAUGAAGACUUCACAAUAGGCUCCUUGGUUUAUUUUGUUAUUUGGAUAAGGGUAGUUAGGCAGUAUGCCUUUAGUUCCCUUUAUGUUUUAAGACACAUCCCAUUGAAUAUAGAGGAAGCUUGAGGACUGUAAUAUAUAUUACAGUAAUGGUAUGUGCAUUCUCAAUAAAAAUUACAACCUGCCUAAGAAACUGUAACAAUUAUGAGGUGUCAAGAAAAUGACCAGAUGAAGGUAAUUAUGAGGUGGGACCUGCUCUGGGUCAUUUUGUAGCUCACUUUUUAUUACACCAGGGAGAAGCCAGAAGCUCCUAGUAUAUAUAUAUUGAUUUGGGCUUCAAGAUCAAAAA